AUGACGGACAAGGACUCCGAAGACGGGCGUGACGCGCCUACGCGAGAGCUCGUCCUGUGUUUCGAUGGCACGGGAAAUACUUUUCGUGCAGACGGUGGCGAGAGCAACAUCCUGAAGAUCUUUCGGAUGCUAGAUCGAACCAAGGAGAAUCGAUCUGGCAUUGGGUCAGACAUAACGCCAGGCUCGGUCGCUCACGCCGUCCUGCGCCGCAGCGGCAAGUCAUGGACUCCAAAGGCCUUUGACCUUGCGCUUGCGACCUCUUUCGAUCAGCAUGUUAUUCGAGGCUACCGCUUCCUUGCGCGCCGAUGGGUCCCAGGCGCCAAGAUCUACCUCUUUGGUUUUUCUCGAGGCGCCUACACGGCUCGAUUCCUGAACGAAAUGCUGGAUUAUAUCGGCCUCCUCUCUGCGGACAACGAGGAGCUGAUCCCUUUCGUCUGGGAGGCGUUCACGCAGUGGAAAUUCUCCGAGGGCGAAGAUAAAGAGGAGCGUUUGGGUGCAAUGCGAUGCCUGAGCGUGAGCCGGGAGACGAUGUGUCGACCCGUGGGGCAAGUCCACUUCUUAGGCUUGUUCGAUACUGUCAACAGUGUGGCCGAGUUGAACAAGGAGAGCAGCACGCGGCCAAGCCCGAGGAUUAUGAGACACGCCGUCAGUAUCGAUGAGCGAAGGAUCAAAUUCCAACCCGUACUCUUCGAGAGCAAGCUGGGCACGGGAUCACCGGACAUGAAGCAAAGCGUCAAAGACUGGAAGAAAGGACCCGAAAACAUCUACGACUCGGACAAUGACGGUGAAUCUUCAGAGCUCGAGGCUGACUUUGAGGAGGUGUACUUUGCCGGAAACCACGGCGACGUUGGGGGAGGCUGGCCGAGCAAGUCCUGGCCCAUAAGCCAGAUCCCUCUGACAUGGAUGGUCCAGGAAGCCAUCAAGGCCGGGCUUACGUUCGAAAGCGACAAGCUUGAGGCGCUCGGCUGCCAAGAUCCAGCAACAAGUGAAAAGGGUCAGGACAUCGUACGCCAGGCCGAACGUGCUCGAAUCCACGAUUCCCUCGACUAUGAUAGUGGGAGACCAGCCGAGGCUUUCUUCUGGAGACUUCUGGAGUGGAUCCCCUUCAAACGACUGAAGAUCACGCCGGAUGGUUCGGUUCGCAUGACUCGAUGGCAGGCAAGAGGUUCGCGAAGACCGCUUCCCAAAGAUGCCAAAAUCCACGGCAGCGUCAUUCGACGGCUGCGGGCUGACCCAAGCUACCGACCGUACAAUCUGGGCCUUGGCAACAAACCAAAUGAGAUGGACAAGGCGGAAGAAGACCGGAAUAUUGGAGAAUGGAGGCAGAUUGAGAACGACGGCCUGCGUGACUAUUGGAUCAAGGUUUAG